UGUGGAACUCUCCAUUAUUCUUUCCCCACUCCUGAUGAGAGUGACAGCCAAGCGAAGCAAGCCCGAAAUCUUCACACACAACACAGAGUGAUGAGUGAGUGAUCCGACCAGCCAUUUUUGAGGACUUCAUAAGCAAGAAUUUCCACAUUCUUACCCUUACUGUAACAUGAAAAACCCUGAAGUGACGCCUCAACAACUGCUAAAAUUCUUCUUUGAUUUUCCCCCUUUUCUCCUACUACACACACAUACACAUCUAUAUAUGUGUAUGUGUAUGUUUAUAUAUAAUCUACAGACACGGAGUGUCGGCCUUGGAAAGUGUAGGACCCAUGUUCUGAAUGAAUCCUGAAAAAGCCCCUCGUGUUAUCAGACUUGCAUGUGCCCACCUCACUGUUCCACAUAUCCGCAACUCUUCAGAUUCAAGAAUUUGCAUUCCGGGCCUUGUAAAUAAGAAGGAAUUCUGUAUUCCAGCUGGAGAACUGCUGAGGGUGAACUUCUGAACUCAAUUUUCUCUUCUUGGUUUGUGUGGAUGCUUGAUUUUUGUGAAGUGUGGUAUGGAUUCAAGAACUCUGCUUGAUUAUGCUCUGUUUCAAUUGACACCAACACGGACCAGGUGUGAUCUUGUGAUAUUUGCUGGUAAAAAGAAUGAGAAAAUAGCAUCAGGGUUGUUGGAACCUUUCCUUUCCCAUCUCAAAUCGGCUAAAGAUCAAAUUUCCAAGGGUGGUUAUUCCAUUACUCUCCGGCCCGCCUCUUCAGAUUCUUCUUCAUGGUUUACUAAGGCCACUCUAGAAAGGUUUGUGAGGUUUGUUAGUACGCCAGAAGUUCUUGAGAGAUUUGUGACCAUUGAGAGGGAGAUAGAUCAGAUUGAGAGAUCAAUUGAAUCGAAUGAACAAGUAAAUGGAACAGUGGACGUACAAGGUUCUGCCUUUGCAACUGAUGGAGAUGCCAAAGAAGAGGAAAAACCCAAGAUACGCCUCCAGCGUGUUCUGGAAUCCCGGAAAGCGAUGCUCAAGAAAGAGCAAGCAAUGGCUUACGCUCGUGCUUUGGUGGCAGGAUUUGAGAUGGAUUACAUAUAUGAUCUUAUAUCUUUUAGUGAUGCUUUUGGAGCUACGCGUUUAAGGGUAGCAUGUGGAAACUUCAUGGAACUAUGCAAACAAAAGAACAACGAUAAAAUUUGGAUGGACGAAGUUGCAGCAAUGCAAGCAUCGUACCUGGGAACAUCGGGAAUUACGUUUGCUGGUGAAAGUCAAGACCUAUCUCAGACUGGGCUUGCUAAGAGUGCGACACCUGACUCGAUCGCGAGACAUGGAAGUUUGGAUAUCAAUGAAGGAAUGGAUAAUGCUUUGCCGGUGGAGUUCAAUCAGCACCAGACAGAAGGGGCAGCUCAGUUAUCAGCUUGGCCAAGCCAUUUUCCCCCAUAUAUGCAAAAUGCUCAAGGUCCGAUAUUUCAGCCCUAUCCCGGAUAUAUGUUUCCGAGCAUGCACGUUGCAGCAUCACAUUACCCGGGUAAUACGCCAUGGCCGGCAAAUUUCCCGGAUUCGGCUAUGUACGUCGAUAGGGAUAUCAAAGAUAGUCAAAAAUACAAGUCUACUAAGAAAAAAGAAAAACGUGCAAAUCGUGAGCAACCACACAGUAUGAAAAAUGGUGAAAGUGAUGAAACUGAUCAUUCCAGCUCUGGAAGUGAUUCAAGUGAAGAGCAAGACCACGAACCAAGUCUUUCUUCGCAUGAGAAGAGUCGCAACAAGAAGCAAAGUAAACAUUCCUCGAGAAAAGUUGUUAUUCGAAACAUAAAUUACAUAGCAGGCAGAAAUGAAGACAGUGGCAGUUCUUCUGACAGCAGUUCCUCUGACGAAGAUGAAUACGUUGACGCAGAUUCCAUUAAACAGCAGGUGGAGGCAGCUGUUGGGUCGUUGAAGAGGCACCAGAAGCCGAUGUCCCGAGAAAAAAAGGUACAAGACGGUAGCAAGAAAGCUAGCAAUAAGUUGAGGAAAGCUUUAGAUAUUGAAAAUGAAGGGACACCAAAUUCUGAAGAAAGGAAAGAUGGGAAUUGGGACAUCUUCCAAAACCUCCUCAUGAGGGAUCCAGACUCGUCAUCGGCAGAUAUGGGUUCAAAGACUACACCAGUUCAAGAAGAGUACUCUAUUCGGAAGGCCCUUGGAGAGGAAAAUUUGUCUACUUUAGAUAAGAAAUUGGACAAGCCAAAAUAUGCAAGUGAUGAUUUCAUCUUUGCUGAAAGGUCCACUGGAAAUGGAACCCAGGCAGCCAACGUUGGUUGGGAAAAUUUCCGUGGAGUUGUUAAGAGUGGCAGCAAAGAUGAGGAAUUGUUAAUUCUGAAAAGAUCAGAAGGAGAUUACUACUUGCAAAAUGCUCAUUUUGGGACUGAACCUUCCAUUAUUAAGAUUCAGAAAGAGGAAGAUUGGAUCAUAGGUAGCAAAGCUGAAAUAUCAGCAAAUCCAGGAGGGAAUAUAGAUCACAAUUAUUUUGGUGCAGAUCAAGCCUCCGCCAACCACUUUCAGAUUCAAGAAAAUAAGAGGGAUGUUCUUUCGGAUGAUUCUUUCAUGGUUCAGUCUCGACCAUCAGAUGGUCCACUAGAAACUCAGACUAAGGCCGACAUGUUCAUGGUUUCUGAUUUUGUUGGAGCUGAUCAAUCCAAGAAUAGCAUGCCAGAAAAUUCGCAAGUAAAGGUUGAAGCCAGUAAUUUCCAUGAACCAGAAGACCUUUACAUGAUGCUUGGGCGUGAUUCUGCCACUGAGCACGUUGUGACAUCUUGGAGUCCUGAAAUGGAUUACGGGAAAGAUAUUUCGCUCAUUGAACCUGUUACAAGUCAGAGCAACCACAAAACAAGUGACAAUGCUGAUGCUCCCCUGCUUCAAAACGGUAGUGCAAGAAACAGCAAGACUGGUAAAGAACCUGGACGAAAAGUGGAUGGAAAACCACCAAAGUCUAAAGCUUCUAGUGGACCUCUUGGCCGGAGCAAAUCCGACAUAGCACCCAGGAGCAAGAUGUCACCUCCCGGAAGCUCAGUAAUUAGAAGCAAAGCUGCAAAGGAAGAAGAGAAAAGAAAGAAAAUAGAAGAAUUAGUGAUACUGCGCCAAAAGAGAAUUGCUGAAAGAAGUGCUGCUAAGGGUGUUAGACCAGAAACUUCAAGAAUGUCUUCAAAAGAGAGCAAAAAGAACUCUGUUUCUACAAAAACUGAGAAGGCUAAACUUCAUGCCCCGACUGAUGAGGAUGAGAAGUCACGUAAACCUGUUAUGAGGAAUUCAACUAUUGAUCGUCUUGCAGCUGCUCGGACGACGAACAAGAAAUUAUCACCUGAAUCGAAGGUCAGCCAAAACAGGAAACCGACCUCAAAGGGGAAUUCAGUGGCGGCAGCUUCCUCGUCAAAGAAGACAAAAGGAACUCAGGAGCAGAAUGACAAGGUCAAUCCUUCAGAUAAGAAAACUGGUACAAAAAAUAAUUUAAGGCAUAGUUCUUCUGAUAUUCAAGAAAGGGAUCGCAAAAGUACCGUAUCCUCAAUUGCGGACGAGUCGAUAAGUGCAGAAAGAACUCCGGCCAAGACGAGCAUUGAAGAUUUUGAGACGGUUAAGAUAUUGCAUACUGUAACUUCGGUCGAGAAUAGAGAAGCAAAUGUUAUUUCCCCAAAAGGCACUCCGGUCCACCAAAACCCCAUUCAGGUUUCAUCUGAUAAAAACAUAAUCUCUUCAGAAAAUCCAUCCAUGGAAACCGUGCCACAAACUAAUGUCGAUGAUCAUGUCGGGCUUACCCCUCAGACUGCAGUGGAUCCUACAGUUGGAAAUAAUCCGAAGUCCACCUCGUUGCACAUCAACGAAAAAAGUGAUGAGAAAAAGAAGCUAUCCUUUUCGCCUGAAAUUUCUGUGAUGAAUAUCUCAACUCCACCUCCAAACUACGAAACAAGUCCAGAACUCAGCCACUCCAGAAAGAAGUGGAACAAUGGCGAAAGCUCUCCUAAAAUCCCAAAAGGCUUCAGAAGGCUUCUCUUGUUUGGUCGUAGAACCUGAAUUCGAUCAAGAAUGUACGAAAAGAGCCUUAUGCUGUCUGCUUACAUGGAAGAGAACAUCACAAAAGCAUUACGAAGCAUAUGGCAUUGCUGCAGCAUGACGAACGAUGUCGUAAUUUAUCAAUUGCAAUACAAGGAAGCUUUGAACAGGUGAUUCUGGUUUUAUGUAGUUUAGUACAUUUGAACCAUGAUGUUACUCCACACAGCUCUUGUCUGUUUCUUGCAUGCAAAUUUGUUCUCAUUUUUAUUAAUUCUUUUGCUCAUUGUAAUUGUUCGUUGUUUGAUGGUUUACUUUGUAAGUGUGAUAUAUAAAAUCUGAAAUGUUUUGUGAUUGUAA